AUGGAGGGCGCCACAGUGGAAAGCGCGCGCACGGCGCCUCCAGCAAACCCCAGCAGGCGAGGGAAAGGCAGGAACCGCGAUCAUGCAGGCGAACGCGCUACAGCGGGUGAAGGCUCACGACCCACUGCUACGACGGAGGGCGCGCCACGUCCCCACCACCCUCGACGACGUGGCGGACAAGGGCAGCAGUCGGAGAAGACGCGCGACUCCGAGGGGAACGCGCCAAAGAGGAAUCGCCCCAAGCCGGGACUUGCGGACGCGGACGGUCAGACUGCGUCCGCUGCUUCAUCGGAUGCUGGAGGCCCUUCAUCUGGUCACCCCAAUGGUGCGCGCCGUGGCGGGAGAAAUCGACGUGGUCAGCAGCGAUCGGGCGCACCAGAUGGAGCGUCUUCCGGCACUCCUUCACGCCCUCGCCCUCGACCCAAGGACAAACCCGUCGAACCCCCCGCCGAUGAUCUCACAUCUAUCCUCACCCACGCCCUCAAGACACCUCCCUACCCCGACUGCCCGAUCUGCUUCUCCCCAAUCCACCCCGCGCAGCCCACCUGGUCCUGCUCUCCCAACAUCCCCGUCAUCACGGAGGGCGAGGCGCAGUACUGCUGGACGACCUUCCACCUCAAAUGCAUCCGCCCGUGGGCCACGAAGAGCGUGAAGGAGAUGGCGGAGGCGUGGCGCGCGCGCAAUCAGGACAAGCCGGGCGACUGGCGCUGUCCGGGCUGUCAAGGGCGUCGGGAGGUCAUUCCGCCGGGCUACUGGUGCUUCUGCGGCUCGACACCCGAGCCGAAGCCACCGCGUCUGGCGACGCCGCACUCGUGCGCCGGGCCUUGCUCGCGUCCUCGCCCUAGUGGAUGCGGGCACGCGUGUCCCUUGACGUGCCAUCCGGGGCCGUGUCCACCGUGUCAAGUACGAAUAGAGCUCGAAUGCUACUGUCCGCGUCGGCGGGUCAUCGCAUUCCGUUGCUCGGGACGAGAAGCGAAUGCAGCGAACUUGGCUUCUUGCGGAGAGCCCUGCGGACGUCGCCUCUCUUGCGGCAAGCACACUUGCGAGAGGACAUGUCAUGAAGGUGAUUGCGGUCCUUGCGACAUCACCGAGACCGUGAAGUGCUAUUGCGGCAAGGAGGAGAAGGAAGUCAAGUGCGGCGAGGGAGAGGCGGAGGCCUGCGAGAUCGAAGGUGGCGAGACAUGGUUUGGGAGGUUUGCGUGCGGUCAGACUUGUGAUCGUCUCUUUGACUGUGGCGUCCACAAGUGCCAGAAGCCCUGCCAUCCGCCAUCACGAUCUGCACCACCGUGCCCUUUCUCCCCGUCUCUCGUCACUCGCUGCCCGUGUGGUCGACAUCCCGCGUCCGACUUUCCUACCCGCACCUCCUGCUCAGACCCCAUACCGACCUGCGAUAGCAAGUGCUCGAAGCCCCAUCCCGGAUGCAGUCACCCGUGCGAAGCGAAGUGUCAUACUGGGCCGUGCCCUCCUUGUUCCGUACCCAUCACCCGCCCAUGUCGCUGCGGCCUGUCGACGAAGAGCGUGCUCUGCUCCGAGAUCACUGGAGAUGGUGGUAGCGAGAUUCUGUGCGAUCGCCCAUGUCCCGCGCUGCGCGCUUGCGGACGACACCAGUGCAAUCGCAUAUGCUGCCCCCUGGCUGCUCUGGCGAAGGGGAAGGGCAAGAAGAAGCGCCCGCUCGGCACAGCGGAGGAGAUGAACGUCGGGGAAGAGCGUGGCGGUCUGCACGAGUGCGAUCUCGUAUGCGGGAAGCCGUUGACGUGCGGGAAUCAUCGCUGCGAGGAGCGCGAUCAUCGAGGACCGUGUCCGCCUUGUUUGCGUAGUUCGUUCGAGGAGAUGAUCUGCUUCUGCGGUCGAACCGUCCUCGAUCCUCCCAUCCCUUGCGGUACGAAGAUACGCUGCAACUACCAGUGCCCGAUGCCCCCGCCCCCCUGCGGCCACCCUCGCACGCAGCACACCUGCCACGACGACACGGUUAGCUGCCCGCCGUGCCCCUUCCUCACGACUAAGCUCUGCGCGUGCGGGAAGAAGGAAGUCCGCAAUCUGCGCUGCUCGCUCGAGCGCGAGAAGGUGAACUGCGGGACGCCCUGUGGUAAGCUGAUGCGCUGUGGGUUCCACCACUGCGAAAGGCUCUGUCACGCGGGCGAGUGUGGGGAGUGCACAGCAGUGUGCGGGAAGCCGAGGAAGUUGUGUUUCCCGGACAAGCACCCUUGUACACAGCCGUGUCAUGCGCCGGCGGCUUGUCCUGAGGAUGCGCCUUGCCAAGCGCUGGUGACUCUCAGCUGCCCCUGUGGUCGCAACAAGCAGAGCGUGCGCUGCGGCAACUGCACCGGGAGCGUCAAGAAGGAGCGCGCGCCACCGAAAUGUACGAACGAGUGCGCGAUCGCUAAGCGCAACGCGCGACUUGCGGAGGCGUUGGGCAUCUCGACGAAUGAUGCUGCGAAGGCUGACAAGGUUGAGUACAAGGACGAGGUCGUCGCGUUCGGCAGAGCGAAUCCGAAGUUCGUCGCGCUUGUGGAGAAGACGUUCAAGGAGUUCAUCGCGUCGGACAAGAAGACGCAAGUGCUCCCACAUAUGCCUCCCGAGCGGCGGAAGUUCGUGCACGAUCUCGCUGCCGUUUACAGGAUGGACACGAGAAUGAUAGACUCAGAGCCUCACACCAGCGUCCAGCUCUCACGCCGGAUCGACACGCGAAUCCCAAACCCCUCGCUCUACACGACCAUCACCACGAGCGCGCCUUCGGGCGGCGGUCUGGGCAAACUAGCUAACCUGCGGAUGGCGAAUUCGCCGGCGUGGCGCGCGCCAGCCUCCGCGACUCCCCCGGUGGUGCCCACCCCCUCCGCCUCGCCCCAGCCGGUGGCACCCAGGCCAGUAUCUGCGGCGCACGAGGCGUCGAGGGCGUCUCCGCAACCUCCUGCGGCGGCGGCCUCGUUGUCGGCGGCGCCCCCUCGUGCCGCGACGCGCACCCCGCAGGCAUCAGUACAGGCCCCCGUGGCCGCGGCGGCUUCAGGGGAGGUGCCAGAUAAUUGGGAGGACGAUGUUUAAUUUUUCGCCGCGACGACGCGAAGACGGAGGAUAAGCGGGUGAAGUAGACUAGAUAUACGUACUAUUCAAGGUAGAUAUCCCACUUGCUUUACGAAGAAAGCCUCCAGAGCCA